AUGCCGUCCGCGCUUGCAACGCUAAACGACAGGGCCGCCAACACAAACCAUUCGGCCGAGGCCGCCUUCAUUACGCACCCCCACGCGCCCACGCAGGCUGACAACUAUAGAAAAGUCACGGCCAAGGCCGGUAUCUCCCCGCUGGAUGUGAGCUACGUCGAGCUGCACGGCACCGGCACCCAGGCCGGGGACUGCGAGGAGGCCCACUCCGUGUCGGAUGUCUUCGCCCCGGCGGGUCCCGGUCCGCGGCGCAAGAAGAAGAAACGCCUGCGCCUCGGCGCUGUCAAGAGCAACCUCGGCCAUAGCGGGGCCGCCGCCGGCAUCGCCUCCUUCAUCGAGGUCUUGCUCAUGUACCAGAACGGCGCCCUGCCGCCGCAGAUCGGCGUUGCCAAACUCAACCCUACCAUGCCGCCGGACCUGGAAGAGCGCAACGUCGGCCUCAACUGGGAAUACUCCGAGUAG